AUCCACCAGCAGCAGCGGCGGCGGCGGCGGCCGCAGCAGCAGCAGCACACAGGGCACAGAGCACAGAGGCGGGAGGCGAGCGAGAGGCAGCGACUCUCCCACAAUAUGCGGCCACACGCCUCUUCUCCUGCUGCUGCUGCUGCUGCUGGCAACCCCCUUGCUGUUGCUGCUGCCAUUCGUCUUGUUGCCGCCGGCGCCCCGACGGGACUACGCGGCCAGACGUGGGUGCCGUUUUGUGGAAGCUUGAUGCUGAUGCUGCUGAUGGUGGUGUUGGUGUUCGUGUGAAGAGGCUUUUGGUGGUCGGUGGUCUUCUGGGCCGCCUACUACUUCCCGGGGUGUCCUCCACCCCCUUCCUCCUCCUUCUGCUGGGAAGAAGGGCAGAGAGGGUCAUGUCGUCCAGGUCUUCGGGAGAGGCGAGACCCGGGCAGCGACCGGCUGUCAGGGUCCACGAACAGACGGGAGCUGGAGACAAGAGAGGAGCUGCUGCUGCUAGCUCCGUGAACGGGGUGAUCCCUGGAGGAGGAGGCGCUGCAAGCGGAGGAGCGAAGAAGCAGCACUGGAGGAGCUACAAGCUGCUGGUGGAUCCAGCGCUGAAGAAAGGCCAGCACAAGCUCUACCGAUACGAUGGGCAGAGCUUCCAACCGCAGAAUCCCGGGCUGCCGCCCGUCACGUCCGUACAUGACCCGCGCGCUUCCCGGCGAUGGACGCGAAUCGUGGAGGCCGAGUUGCCACUGCCCAAGUUCAAGAUUGAUGAGUAUUACGUGGGCCCGAUCCCGCCGAAGGAGGUGACCUUCGCGAAGCUCAACGACAACAUCAAGGAGCACUUCCUAACGGACAUGUGCAAGAAGUUUGGCGACAUUGACGCCAUGGAGAUCCUGCACCAUCCCAAGACGAGGAAGCACAUGGGCCUGGCCAAGGUGAUCUUCACCACGGUGAAGGCGGCCAAGGAGGCUGUGGAGAAACUGCACAACACGUCUGUGAUGGGAAACCUCAUGCACGUGCUGCUCGACAACGGAGGGGAGAUGCGGGGGAAGCUCUACGAUCUCCUGCUCAGCGGGAAAUUCACGCCGCAGACGUUGCCGGUGGAGAAGCUCACGGAGGAGGGGCCCGCCGACACGUGCCAGCCCUGUGACCCGCGCCGCCGGACGUUGAGCGAGAACGGCUGCUACCAGAGCGCUGCAUCGGCGAGCCUGGCGUCGGCCGACACGCCCUACUCCACCGACACGGCCUACUCGAGCGGUCUGCGCGAUACCCCGGCCUCCUCCUCGGUACUGCCGCCGACGCCGCUGUCGUCGGCGACGCAGCACGGCACGCCGGGCUCCGUCGACUCGCUAUCGUACGGCUCGAUGCACAGCGCCGGCACCCCGGUCUCUCUCGAGCCGCCGCAGACGCCCACCGCCUCUUGUUCCUCCUCGUCGUCAGCCGCCCCUCUUCACGAGGCGGCCUACCUCCCGACGACGGCGAAGGAGGGCGGGCGGCGCACCGCAACCGGCGCGACUCAGCGGUUCUUCCCGGCGGAAGGGUACGCCGGCCAGGGCCUCGAGCACAAGUCGUUCGCGGCGCCGCCCGAGACGACGGCGUGGCAACAGCCACUGCUGCCGUCGCCGUCGGCGUUCCACGGGUCGGCCCACCACGGCCGCCCCGGCGGGUUCCCCAAUCAUCCGCCCCCCCCGCUGCCUCCCCCGCCGACGACGACAACCUACGCAGGAUACCCGGGCUCGUCGGCGACAACCCCGGCGGUGCCGGCGGCGGCGGCGGUGACCGCCACGGCCGCUCCGCCGACUUCCGCGCCGUGGACGGGAGCGUACGGCGAGCCGGAGCGGCCAAAGUCGCCCCCCGGCGAGGGACCGCCCCGGCACGGGGAAGGGAGUGAUGGCUCGUUUGUGACGGCCAAGGCAUCGGUGGCGGCUGACUCACCGUCGCUCUCUCGGGAGAGCGGAGUGAAGACUUCCCGCCGCACGCCGUCGCCCGUGCCCUCCGCCUCCUCCACGCCGCCCCCCUCCUCGAGCCUGCCCGGCGAGAGUCCCCCGGGCUCGGCGCAGCCGUGCAGCCUCGACUCGCGCAUCGAGAUGCUGCUCAAGGAGCAGAGGGCGAAGUUCCCCACCUUCCUCAUGGACGACAACGUCCCCAGCGGCGAGAGGGAGGCGACGCGCGGACGGAGGAGGCCUCCGUCCCCGCCCACGCCUCCCACGCCCAUCUCCACCAUCUACGGCUUUGAGCUGGAGGAGAUCUCGCCGACACCGUUGUCUUUCUCCGACGAGUCGGACAUUGGUGAUGAGGUGGAUGACAGUCGCGACGAGAGGAGCUCGAGCUCAACGAUCCUCAAGGGCGUGGAAGCGAUGGUGUCGACGCUGCGCAAGGACAGCGAGCUGAGGCCCUCGAAGCCGGACGUGUUCAGCCCGGACACGCGCCUAUCGUUCAGCUCCGAGAGCGGCGGCGCCCACACGCCCAGGGCCGAGCAGCAGCAGCAGCAGCAACCUCAGCAGCCGCCGCCGACGACGCCAACGACGUCGUCUUCGUCGCGGCCGAGCAGCAGGACUCAGACGCCCAAACAGGACGUUUGGCCGCAGACGCCGAAGCAGGACAGCUGCCCGGCGACGCCCAGCAAGAGCCUCGGUGGCGCCAAGCCCGACAGCCGCCCCUCCACGCCGAGCAGGCCGCCGCCCCUGCCAGCUAGGUCGGACGGCGAGGGCAGGCUGCCGUCGGAGUGCGCCACGCCCAUCGUGGACGCCGAGGACAGCAGGGGGGCAGACGUGGAGAUGGUCGAGGUGCCCAGCGAGGGUAACGCUCCGCGACGGGAGGCGGCGACGCUCGCCUGUGGCGCGAGGCCUCCACCUCCCAAAGAGCUGUCGGACGACGACAUGGACAUCUCGGACAAUGAGACGGGGCAGUCCUCGUCCAUCUCCGCACCCAUCGAAGUGAACUCGCCCGUACCCACCUCAGUGCCCCACCCCCUGCCAACGUCCAUCCCCCCCACGGGGCCGCCCCCCAUCAACCUGCCCCCCCCGCCGAUCCCCCCGCCCCCCCACCCGCCCCCGCCGGGAUUCCCCCCCUCCAUCCCGCCCCCCUUUUCCAUGCCACCCCUUCCGCCCCCUCCCUGCGUUCCGCCGCCCCCUCCUCUGCCAACGCUGGUGCCGCCCCCUCUGCCGCCUCCGCCGCCGCCGCCGCCUCCUCCGCCGCCGUCCUCCGUCCUGAGGCCUCCGCUGCCGCCCCCCCCGGGGCUGCCGAUGCCCCCGCUGCCCCCGCCGCUGCCCCCGCCCCACUCGGCCAUGCCGCCGCUGCUGCCCCACUUCCACUACGGCAUGCCCAACCAGGCGGAGCUGGUGCGGCACUGGUUCCGCAGCACCGCGCCGGGGGCGCCCAUGUCCUUCCAGAUGCAGACGCAGAUGCUGAGCCGCAUACACAUGAUGCAGCGCUACUCGGCCAACUCGGCGGGGAUGCCGGGCCAGCCCGCGCCGGGCCAGCCCGCGCCCCACGCUCCGUACCCUUACCCGUACCCGCUUCCCAGGCCUUCUCACGCCGGCGGCGCCGGUGGUCCCGGCGGUCCCGGCGGCGUCGGCAUGGGCGGCAUGGGUCACUUGCAGGGGCCGCCGAUGUCUGGCGGUGCCGCGCCGCCCUACCCGUCGGCGCAGCUCUACCCCAAGCUGCCGCUUCCUCUGCCACUGCCGCUGCCGCUGCCGCCGGUGACGUUCAACCCGGCGGUUCCCCCGCCAGGGUACAGGCCGCCCCCCAAGAAGAAGGACGACCCCCACCAGGCAACGAUCGAUGGCGUGCUGGAGGCCGUGAUGACCGAGCUGAAGAACAUCAUGAUCCGGGACGUGAGGAAGCGAAUGGUGGAGGGUCUCGCCUUCAAGACCUUUGACCACUGGUGGGAAAAGCAGGAGAGGAAUUUCAAGACGCCCUGCAAGGAGGAAGAGGCCGGCAAGUCGGAGGAGGUCGCCAAGCCGGAGGACGCUGGCGGAAAGAGCGACGAGCCGGGCAAAGCGGCGGCGGAGCCCAUCUCGGCGUUGCUGUGCGGGCCCUCGCCCUUCGAGAGCUGGGGGAAGGGCUCGGUGCUGGGCGUCGACGGCCUUGGCUUCGGCAUGGGCCUGCGCGGCGCGCUGAGGUUGCCCUCCUUCAAGGUGAAGCGGAAAGAGCCCCCGGAGCCAGCUGCCGUGUCGGAGCAGAAGAGGGCGCGCCUGAGCCCCUCGUGCGAGCUGGAGGAGGAAGACGAUGAAGAGGAGAGGAUGAGCGACGCCUCGGAGGCCGAGGGGCAGCCGGUUGGACGCGUGCGGAAGCACAGGGUGGCCCGGCCGCUGGAGCUCGACAGCGAAGGGGAGGAAGAGGAGGAGGAGAAGAAGGAGCAAGAGAUGUCAGUGGAGGAGGAGGACGAGGAAGAGGAGGAUGAGGAGGAGGAGGAGGAAGAAGAAGAUGAUGAUGUGGAAGAGACGGAAGAGGCAGCGGCGGAAUUGGCGGAGGUGGUGGAAGAGGAACGCUCUGACGUGGAGAAGAAGGCGCGAGCAGUCGACGUGAAGAUGGAAUCGGAUGGCGCUCAGACGGCCAGCGAGGUCUCCUCAAAGUCCGGCACGGAGUCGACCUCCGCAUCCGGCUCGGAGUCGCAGUCGGAGUCGCGUUCUGGCUCGGAGACGCAGUCGGAAUCGGAGCCGGAGUCUGAGCUGGAGACGGCGAGUCGCGUGUCUCCAUCGGACGCCCGCCCCGCGGACAAGGCCUCGUUGUCCAUCUCCUCGUCCUCCUCGUCGUCGUCGUCUUCGUCGUCGUCCUCCUCCUCCUCGUCGUCCUCCUCCUCCUCGGAGUACGAGAGCAGCUCUUCGUCGUCCGAGUCGUCCGAGUCCGAGUCGGAGGAGGAGGAGGAGAGCGCGAGGCGCGAGACGAGAGCGCGGGCGAGCGCUGGUGCCGUGGCGGCGGCGCUGGCGCGCGACGACGAGGACUACACGUUCGACGCCGACGACGAGGGCGACGAGGUGCCCACGGCAGACCUGCCGGCGUUCUGCGAGCACAAGAGUGAGCCGGGUUCCCCCGUGGCGGCAUCGCCGCCGCCGCCGCUUGCCGUUGCGGCCGCUCCGCCGGGCCGGCCGGUUGCACCGCUCGGCGUGGGGCCGGCCACGCCACCGGGCGCCCCGCCGCGCUCGGACGAGAGCGACCUGGAGACGGCCGAGUGCGACGACGAGGAGGAGGGGGACGUGCCUCGGACGCCCGGCAGGGACCCGCCGCUGCAGUCGACGUUCUCCGACGUCGACUUCCCCGAGUCGCGGGGGCCGCGGCUCUCCUCGUCGGAUGCGGACUCCUGCGGCGGCGGCGGCGUCGUCGCGUGGAGGAUUGCGGCGCAGAGGCCGCCACCGACGGCGCCGCACGGCUUUGCCGUGCCGCAGAGGGUGUCUUCGACGGCGCGGACGUCGCUGUCGGACUCUGUCACUCCCGCGUCGCUCCUGGGGUCCCUGUCGGGGUCGACGUUGCUCCCUCCGCGGUCGCCGAAUCUUCACCUCAACAUCCCCGUGACGCCCGGCAGGGACAUGGGCUUCGUGUCGCCAUUUGCCGAGGCUUUGCCGCGCAGCCCGGCCGCCAGUGACGGCGAGAGCCAGCGGCGCGUCCUCGCAUCGGCCGACUGUGGGCCGCUGCCCGGCAAGGAGUUUCCUUCGUUUCAGAAUUCGCGGACCUUUGUUGGCAAGGACGACGACACUGCGAUGGACACCUCCUUGCCCCCGCUGGACGGCAAGGAGACGUCGAGCGGCCAGAAGAGGACCGAGAGUCUCUUCAGGAGGGGCGAGAUCGAGUGCGACAUCUCAUCGGACGACGACGUCCCGGAGCACAACGGGGCCGUGUCGGCCAUACUCUCCUUCCUGUCGGAGGACGAAGCGCUGGAGGAGAGUCGUCCCUCGCCCGAGCCGCCGGUGGACGAGAGGGAUCGGUCCGAGACGAAGGACGACGUCGCUUCGCCGCAGGCCUCGUCCCCCGCCGUGACCCCCGAUGACAUCUGCAAGCCGAGGUCCGAGGCCAAAGUCGCCGACGUUUGCGAGGAAUCGAAGAGGUCGACGUCGGACAAGAUCAAGCUGCGGCCCGUGGUGAUGCUACACUCGAGGGACUGGGAGAAGCUCAAGCAGUUCCGCUACGUGGACGCAGACCGGACGGAGAAGGUGGUGACACUGAAGCUCUCGGCGCAGCAGUCGGCCUUGCAGGCGGAGCUCGGCAAAAACCUGCGGUACAAGGCCGACUCCGGCACCGCCGCCGACGUCGCCGCCGAGCUGCUCGCCGAGAUCACGCAGAAGGGCGCGCGGGAGUCGCGGGCCGACGGAGCGACACGGCCGUCGGAGGACGAGCGGGAGGACGGAGAGCUCGGGCGCCCGGCGGCGGAGAAGAUGGAAGUGGAGGUCGUGUGCAAGCGAGAAGUGGAGGCGCCGGAGGAGACCACGGAGGAGACGGAGGAGGCGGAGGAGGAGGAACGGGAGGAGGAUCGUCGCGUCGUCGGCGAGCUGCGCCUGCGAGCGGCCUCGUUCACCGAGAGCCCCAAGCCGGCAGAGACCAAGUUGAGAUCGAAGCGCAGGGGAGUUGUUCCUGUGGAGACGGUGCCCGCGCCGUGCGUCACGAGCGAAGCCGCCGCCUCGCCUCCCCUCCUCCCGGGGCCCCCCUCGUCCGCCGAGAAGACGCGGUCCUCCCGGGACGGCGGGGAGCUCGUAGCCCGGGACUCAGAGUCUCGACCGAUAGGGACCUCGAUCGAGACCGAGUCGAGGCUCACUCCGCCGGACGAGGAGAUGUCGCCGCCGCGCGACGAGGUGGAGGGCGACGCUUCGGCGGCGUCGCCUGCCGAGGAGGCGGUGCGGGAUUCCAGGACUCGUGACGCGGAGGACUUGAGGCUUUCGGGCGCGGCCGAGGAAAUGGUUAUUCAAGCCAAGCUCGUUGAGAAGGUGCACGACCUGAAAGAGGAGCUGGUGUCGGUGGAAGAAGAGGAGUUGAAAGAAGAGGUUUUGAAAAGGAAGGUUCUAAAAGAAGAGGUGUUGAAAGACGACGUGGAUGUCACCAAAAAUGACGACGUCAUCAACAAGAGGACGGUGAAGGAUGAGGUGUUGAAAGAGGAGGUAAUGAGAAAGAAGCCACUGAAGCAAGAGGCCUUGAAAGACGACGUUAAAAAGAGGACCGUUCAGGAGGAGGUUUUGAAAGAGGAGGUCUUGAUAAAGGCACUGAAAGAUGAGGUUUUAGCAGACGACGCUGUCAUAAAGAGGACGGUGAAGGAAGAGUUACCGAAAGAUGACAUCGUGACAAAGAAGGUGCUGAAAGAUGAGGAGUUGAAGGAGGAGGAGAGGAGUGAAGACCGGCUCUCCGAGACGAUCAAAUCCGAGGUCCUGCCUGAGGCCUUCCUGCCAAAACCCCUCGCUCAGGAGCCGCCCCACUCAGAAGCUCCCAAGGUGGAUGUGAGAACGUCCACGCCGCAGCCGGGCGUCACGCCGAUCGCCGCCGCCGCCGUCGCCGCCGCCGUCCCCGUCCCCGUCCCCGACGCGCUGACGCCGGUCGGCGUUUGCGGCGGCGGCGGCGGCGGCGUCAGCAGCGGCAGCGACAGGGGCGGCGUCGAGACGGCGCUGGCCGAGGGCCUCCUCGCGGAGGCGACGGCGGCCACGCGGCCCAAGAUGGGUCGGAAGGGCCGGCGGCGCGGCCUGCGGCCGUCGGAGGGGCUGGCGGCGCGCAUCCCCACGCCGCCGCCCUCGCCGCCCGACUUCCAGUUCCGCCCGCGCAGCCAGUUCGAGGAGAUGGCGAUCCUCUACGACAUCUGGGACAUGGGCAUCGACGCGGAGGACGUGGAGUACCUGCGCACGACCUACGCGAGCCUCCUGACGCAGGACAACAGCAUGGAGUGGCUCAACGACACCCACUGGGUCCCUCACCCUCACACGCACAUCCCGCGUGCCGAGCGUCCCGGCGGGCGCGGGCACCGCAAGAAGGUGGCGAGCGACGGGCUGCGCGAGCACGCGACGGGCUGUGCCCGCAGCGAGGGCUACUACAAGAUCAGCAUGAAGGAGAAGGCGCACUACCUGGCCGAGCGGCUCGUCGCGCUGGACGAGCAGCUUCCGGCCGACACGCAGGGCAUGAGCAUCCCGGCCCAGCCGUCUCUGUCGACGCGCGCCGGCUCGGAGCGGCGCUCGGAGCAGAGGAGGCUGUUGGCGUCGUUCGGCAGUGGGGGUCCGGCUGACAGCGACCUCUUCAAGUUCAACCAGCUCAAGUUCCGCAAGAAGAAGCUCAAGUUCACCAAGAGCGACAUCCACGACUGGGGCCUCUUCGCCUUGGAGCCGAUCGCGGCGGACGAGAUGGUGAUCGAAUACGUCGGCGAGGGCAUCCGGCAGGUCAUCGCGGACAUGCGCGAGCGGCACUACGAGAAGGAGGGCAUCGGCAGCAGCUACAUGUUCCGCGUGGAUCACGACCACAUCAUCGACGCCACCAAGUGCGGCAACCUGGCGCGGUUCAUCAACCACAGCUGCAACCCCAACUGCUACGCCAAGAUCAUCACCGUGGACUCGCACAAGAAGAUCGUCAUCUACUCCAAGCAGGCCAUCGCCGUCAACGAGGAGAUCACCUACGACUACAAAUUCCCGAUCGAGGACGAGAAGAUCCCCUGUCUCUGCGGUGCCGAAAACUGCCGGGGAACCCUGAACUAGCGACGCCGGCACAUCAUCCGUUCGCCUGCUCGCUCGCUCACCCGACCAGCUCGGCCGAUCUCACCUCCUCGAAUGGGGCAGGGCGAGCGGGCGAGCUAAGUUCCCUGGGUCGGUCAGGCAAAGAGGACAGGAGCUGCGCGUGUGGGUCGAUGGUCAGCACGGGCAACUGGCGCGUCGCGUCAAAGGCCGUGAAGGACCAGAGCAAUUCUAGGGCAAUGGUCACCGGCAAUCUGCUCCAGCAAACGCAUUCACGGUGGCAACUUGGUUCGCCAUUUGGUAUGGAGGCAUAGAGUUCCCCCCUAGCCAAUGAAAACAAGAGUUUUUCUUGAAAGUAGCAAAACAUACCAACACAGAACAGUAAAAUCGACAUGUGCAAUAACAUACCAAGAAAACAGUAAAUCUAUGAUUAAAAAGUGCGUUUGAUGAAGAGUGAUUGCUUUUCAGAGCACAUCACCUCGGGUAACCAUAUAAUGCCACGUGACGCCUGUCUUGUGAUCCGAUUGGCAGCCGCCCAUGGGCAGAGCAGCGGUCAGAUUUGUCCAGAUUUUGGACAACUGCAUUGUUGACGAUAGAAAGUCAUUUAGCAACUUCAUGAUCGCCCUAAAAUGAGCGUGGGGGCGCCACGGCCUUUGACGGCGACGCGAAUGGCCCGACCGGUCUGAACGGCGACGAGGACGACGACGACGACGUGGAACCGGCACCGCCGAGAGGAGGCCGAUUGUUUAUUUUCACAUUGCUGCUACUGGUGAACUUUUUGAAAUGCGUGCAAAAGCAAAAAAAAAUGUAAAUAGUAUAUUUUUGUGACGGGAGAAGCACUCGCAAAGGAGGGAGAUGGAACUCUUUUUGAUUGCUCAAUGCUGGCGAGGAGGAGGACGACAUGCCAGCGUUUCAUUAUGCGCACACGUUUUUACACGCCCAAUCCCCCGUCCCGUUCUGCGUUUUCCGCGGAGCUCUCGUCGUUAUUCGCGCCCGGUUCGAGGUGCUCGUUCACGUGUUUUUUUUUCCCCGGGUUGACUUGACAUGGGGGGGGUCACGGGGUGCCAGGGGAUGGGGGUGGGGUGACAGCGCCGCUACACCACCCCCCCCCCCCCAUCCCUCCGAGUACCCUCAACCUGUUCCACGGUUUACAGCGGCGAACAGCGAGCACGGUUUUCUUCCGGGAAGAUCGCAAAACUGGGAAAACCGUUUUUUUGGAGAAAAAGUUUGUUGCUUGAAUAUUUAGUUUUCGUUUUUGCGAGUUUGACUUUGCGGAUGUGACACACGUGUCCCCGUCGCCACCGAGAAUCGGUCCCUUCCUUACCGGCGCGGCGCAGGGACUUGCCGUUCCGGCUGGCUCGGACGCCCGGGCGUUCUUCGUGUGCGAGAUUGUGGUUUAUGGUUUUGUUGUUGCGAGUGACUGCGUUAGGGGUUUUGUUGAGGGGAGCUAUGAUGACGAUGUUUUCUAAGUCACUUUCAUUUGGGGUGGGUGGGGGGGGAUGUUUGCGUAUCUUGUAUUUUAAUCGCUUUGGGGCUGUACAUAAGACACCCGGGGGCCCAAGUCCACCGUGUGCAUAGCGCGGCGUGGGCUCCCACCGGAGCUUCUGGCUCUUUCUCCGUGCACUCUUUGUAAUUCUGUCCUGUAUAUAGUUUUGUAAUUGAGCGCUGGCGAAUGGAAAAACGUGAGUACUGUUAAAUGGGGCGUUUGUGAUUUUUCUUUUUUUACUUUGACGUUAGCCGAAUUUUUGGUUUGGCGGUGACGUGGGGAGCGCGCUCGGGUUCUCUAGGAGCCGCGCGUUGUUGUCGUUGGGGUGAUACGGGAGUGAAGUUUGCUUCGCCGGGCGAAGUCACUUGUGUGCGGGCAUGGUUGCUGGUCGCCGGCACAGGUAAGAUGGUGUGUGGCCCGGCGUGACGCCAUCGGGAUCGUAGAAGUGCUCGCACCGCACGCUCGGACCUGGAUUUGACACCGGAGUCGAUCGUCGGGAUUUCAAAUGUUUACCACGUAUCAAGCUCAGGAGCGGGAAAGCAGGAGCAACGUUUUCUCUGAACACUGUGCCCAUGGUGCACCGCGGGUAAUUUUAGGAUGGUCGCCGUCUGCGAAUGAAUGGUUUGCUGGAAAGGCUUGAUCACCCCACAUAUUCAUAUAACCUACGCUAAACUUCUUUUUGAACAGGUUACAUGCCAUUUUCAUAGUUUUUAUUGUGUCGUGUACGCACACAUGGUCGCACAAUGACCGGAAUCACAUUUCUCAUCCGCUUAAUUAACUGACUGUUAACAAAAGCCUCCCACUGCUUUCUGGACAGAUCUUGUGGGUUGUCGAGUUUUUUCAGCACAUCCCUCGAUUUAUAAUGAUAUCAAUGUGGCUGUCCAGACCCAGACAAGUGUCAUCGCUGCUUCCCUUCGUGGGCAACUGUGAUGGCAACGUCCCAUUGGUCACCGGCAAGAGGUAAAAAUGACGAUCCGAGGUUGUUGUGCUCUCAAAUCGAAUACAUUCUUUCUAAAAAGUUGUUUUAAUUGGCCGGAAAGAAACGUAUGCGUUAACAAAUGCUUCACCGAUGGCAAAUUGCCCGAGUUUUAUCCUGGAGUUUAGAAAUCUGCAGCGCUGGCCCAUCGUCCUUCACGCGCGCGGUGACCGUUGUCGAAUUGGCUGUUGUAGAAAUAUCGGUCCGAGUCUUUUGGCGUUGCCGGCGAUCGGCGGUUCGAACUGUGAAGUUUCUCAGGGGGUUGUGUGCCCGCGUGCGAGGAGCGAUCGGUCCCUCGGAGGUGUUGGUGGAGCGGUGUCGCGACACGGAGGGAAUGUUGCCGUUCGGCACGACGAGCAGUUCGGUUGGGAUGAGAGCGGUGUUUAGUCGGUCUCCACGUCAGGUCUGUUUCGAGUCUUGUCUUGGCGGCAACCUGUGGAAUUUUAGUCUGGAUUUUAUUUUGUCAGCAUUUCUUGGUGACGAGAUGCAAUCCGCCGACGCAUUUUUGUUUUUAACUCCACGCGUAUCGUCUUCGACUCGACUAAGACUAGAAUCAUUCACACACCGAUCAAACGAACACUUGGACGAGAGCGAGCGAGUGCUGUUAAGUUUGUUUUUUGUGUUUGUGAACGCGUCUGGAUAAGAACGCGUGUGCAUCCAUCACUCGGUCUGGAGGAGAGGUGAUUCUAACCCGCAGGGAUCGACGACCAAAAUAACGAAAUCAUUUUUUUGACUUCCGAAUUCAGUAGAAAACAAACCCCCCCAUCCCUAAAUAUAUCAAGAGCCACAAUGCACGUGAUGAAAAUACGUGACGGGAGGCCCUUAAUAAAUAAUGCCACGAAGCAAGUUCCUUUUUAGAGCCGCAAGGUUUUGUGACUCCUGUUCCAACUCGUACCUUGGGUUUUAAAUUUUUUUCUGUCUCGAAAUGUGUCCGCAGCUGAAAUUCGUUUUCUGCAACCAUUGUUUUGUUUGCCCUAAACCCAGCCUCAACUCUUUUUUUUAAACGAUUGUUUUUCUUUAUAUAUUGUGCCUGUUUUGGUGCUAGACAAAUUUAAAGCGCGUGAAUAUUUAUUCUUUUUUUUUCCCGAACAGUCGUGGCUGUAAUGUACAGAGUUGUAUAUAUCUUGUAAGUUAAAAUUUAACCCCUUCUCUGCCAGGACUGCGCCUGGGAGAUGGAUGCCGAGCGGUGAUUUUGGUUCAUUGUUAAGCACUCUUACGCUGUGUACAUAAUGUUUAUAGCCGGACGAAUCUACCCAGCCCUACAUUGUCUAACUGUACCACAGUAUGUUUUAUAAUAUAAAGAAUUAAAGCCUUCAAAGGU